UUCUCUCUCCUCCCUCCUUUCCUCCCUUUUCCCUCGUUCCCUCGUCCCCUCCUCCCCUCCCCGACCCGCCUGCCCUGGCAAGUUUCUUCAGUCUCCCUCAACAAAACGAUCCCGGCCUAGCCCGUGGCCCAGCUCUCUCUUGGUAAGAAGUCUGUAGCUCCUAGGAGAGAGGAUGAACAUCCUGGCUCCAGUGCGGAGGGACCGGGUCCUCGCCGAACUGCCCCAGUGCCUGAGGAAAGAGGCUGCCCUGCACUCCAACCGAAACUUCCACCCUCGGGUCAGUGCUGCGUGUCAGGAGCAGAGGACCGGCACGGUGGGUAGGUUUAAGAUCUCCAAGGUCAUCGUUGUGGGGGACCUGUCUGUGGGGAAGACAUGCCUCAUUAACAGGUUUUGCAAAGACACUUUUGACAAGAAUUACAAGGCUACCAUUGGGGUGGACUUCGAGAUGGAGAGGUUUGAGGUGCUGGGAGUCCCCUUCAGCCUGCAGCUCUGGGACACUGCCGGUCAGGAGAGGUUCAAAUGCAUCGCUUCUACUUACUACCGUGGAGCCCAAGCCAUCAUCAUCGUGUUCAACCUGAAUGAUGUGGCCUCCUUGGAACAUACCAAACAGUGGCUGGCUGAUGCACUGAAGGAGAAUGACCCCUCCAACGUGCUUCUGUUCCUCGUGGGCUCCAAGAAGGACUUGAGUACUCCGGCUCAGUAUGUGUUGAUGGAGAAGGAUGCUGUCAAGAUGGCCCAGGAAAUGAAGGCCGAGUACUGGGCUGUCUCAUCUCUCACAGGUGAGAAUGUGCGUGAAUUCUUCUUCCGGGUGGCAGCACUAACAUUUGAGGCCAAUGUGCUGGCUGAACUCGAGAAGACGGAUGCCCGGCGGAUAGGAGACAUUAUUCGGAUCGGCAGCAAUGACAGUAACCUCUACUUGACGACCGGCAAGAAGAGACGCAAGUGCUGCCAGUGAGCGUGCCGCCUCCAGCUCCUGGCACUGCCCAUGGAUGCCACACCUCUCCCCAGGGUUGGGCCCAAAGACGUUUGCACUGAACUGUUUUUCCAGACCAAAGAGCUCUUCUCAUAAGGGCAGCAGGGAACUGCACCAGCCUAGGUGCCUUUCUUCCCCUCGGUACCACACCAAAGACUGGAUCUCUCUCUUUUUUUUUAAGGCAAUUGGGGUUAAGUGACUUGCCCAGGGUCACACAGCUAGUAAGUGUCAAGU